AUGGAUGUUCUACAGAAGACCGUUGUGGAUCCCCUCCAGCCACUCUUGAAGCCCAUCGUCGAGGCACUCCCUCAGCCUGUCCACGAUGCGAUCAUCUCGUUGAUUACUGCACCAUGCCACGCCGCCCUCCUUCUCGACCUUAGCUUGGUGGAAGAUCCGGCCUGCACAUCCCUGGCUAUCUCAAAAGCUCUCGGUAUUGCCAUCGUUGGCGCUAGCGCUGUGGUCAAGGUCCCACAGAUCCUGAAACUCAUCAACUCGCGCUCAUCCGCUGGUGUCUCCUUUGUGUCUUACGCCCUCGAAACCGCUAGUCUGCUCAUCACCCUGUCUUACAGCGUGCGGAACGAGUUCCCCUUCAGCACCUUCGGCGAGAGCGCUCUUAUCGCCAUCCAGGAUGUUGCGAUUGGCAUUCUUGUCUUGACCUUUGCCGGCCGGUCCGCCGCGGCCGCAGCUUUCGUUGCUGUCGUGGCAGCUUCCGUGUACGCGCUGCUCUUUGACCGUAAUCUCAUUGAUGGAAACACCAUGGCCUAUUUGCAGACUGGUGCUGGAGCUCUGGGUGUUGCCAGCAAGCUGCCUCAGAUCUACGCUAUUUGGAGCGAGGGAGGUACUGGCCAGCUCAGUGCUUUCGCGGUCUUCAACUACCUUUUCGGUUCUCUCUCCCGCAUCUUCACCACUCUUCAAGAAGUCGAGGACAAGCUCAUCCUCUAUGGUUUCAUCGCCGGGUUUACCCUCAACCUGAUCCUCGCUGCACAGAUGGUGUACUACUGGAACAGCCCCGCACCCAAGAAGAAGGCGCCCCGCGCAAAGAUCGCAGAGAAGCCAGUCUCAGCCGAAAGCUCUGGCGCAUCGCCCAAACCGGGCUCCAAGACUCCCACCACACGACGUCGGGGUUAG